UCUAUUCAUUACUCACGAUAUUCCCUCCGGCUCCGCUGGCCGCAGCGCGGGCACUACGGCCGUCAGUCGUCGCGCGACCCGCGGUCGUCGACUGCUGUUGAACAAAGGCUCGCGGCCCGCGCGCACUGGGUCGUCCGCGUUUUCUACAAGACCCGUCCGAACGACGUCCGUUGCCUCCUGGCUGCUAGAUACGUCGCACAAGCCGUCGCAAGCGAUCAGAGCGACGUCGCCCUCGACCGCAACUGUGUGGAAAUCAACCAGUGAGUUCUCUCGGCGCGCCACGGUUCCGGGAGCCUGAGAUUGCAGGUGCCGCCCUGCAAAUGCAUAAAUUUUCACGCAGAGCAUCGCCCUUCAACACCAAACCGCCCCGCGACCAUCGAACGUGCCCUUACGUCGUGCAGUUCCAUUUUCAGGACAGGUCCCGCGAGCCAUGAGCAACGCACCUCUCCCGAGGCGCACCUCCGCAAUCGAGAACGCACGUUUCACGUGUCAUCGCUCCCAAGCACUAAUACCUCACGCAGAGCCGAGCGCCGGCGUCCGCAACUCGGCUCGACACCGUCGCGCAGGCCCCAACGGGAUGCUCCAGCACUCGGCCUCGCCCGCGUCGCCAGGCCUCGACCACGAGCGCGCCGAAGACUCGCGCCGCGCGACGCGACGGACCGCUCGCGGCGAACACGCUUCGUCGCCGCGGCGCCAGCCGUCGUCGUUUCCCAACAACGCCCUACGGCGCCGCCGCGGAGAGCUCACGAGUGACUGA